CACCUGAACUGCCAGAGAGAACUGUGCCAGAAGAGAAAGUGCCUAUUACAACACUUAAAAAGCCAGAGUUUAAAAAACCAGAGCCUCCUCCAAUAAAAGUGCCUGAGGUGCCCAAGAAACCUGUCCCAGAGGAGAAAAUACACGUUGUCGUUCCUAAAAUACCUGAACCACUACGAAGUGAAGAAUAUGAAAUCGUAAAGGAGAUUGAGCCUGAAGAAGCAGAAGAAAUUCCAGUUGCAGAAGUAGAAGAAGCUUUACCUGUUGAAGCGCCGGAACCUGAAAAGAAGAUCCCUGAAAAGCGAAAACCACGACCACCUACUCCACCAACAGAAGAUAUUAAAUUGGCAAAAGAACUUCUUAAAGCUCCUGAAUCAAGGAGGAAAGUUGUGACUGCAAAACCUGGUGAGCCUCCGAAAUUGGAACCCCCACCUGCUAAAGUGCCUGGACUUGUAAAGAAACCUCGUAGAGUAAUUCCCGAAGUUACUCCUCCACCAAAAGAAGAAGUUGUUUUGAAAAGAGGUAUAAAGAAAUCAGAAGAGGAAGAGCCUAAACCAGAAAAAGAACCUAAACCAGAAGUUAAACCAGUUCCUACACCAGUAGAAAAAAUUAAGAAACCUGAAGUCCCAGAAGUUCCUAAGAAGAAAACUGAGAUACCUGUCAUAAAAAAAGAGGAGAAACAUGUGCCUGAACUGCCAAAAGAACCUAAGCAAGAAACUAUCCCACUUCCUGGGCCUGAACCUAAACCUGCAGUAGCUCUAAAAUCUCCAAAACCAGCAGCAGAACCAGCACCAGCUGUUACUACUCCAGUGACAGUCCCAGUGGUUGGAAAGAAAGCAGAGGCCAAGCCACCAAAAGAAGAAACUCCAAAGGGUAUCAGUCCAGUCAAAGCCAAGAAGACACCUUCACCAGCAGAUGCGGAAAGAAGGAAACUCAGGCCAGGCAGUGGUGGCGAAAAACCUCCUGAAGAGCCUCCAUUCACUUACCAACUCAAGGCUGUACCCCUGAAGUUUGUCAAGGAGAUGAAAGAUAUAGUGCUAACAGAAGCUGAAUCUGUUGGGUCUUCUGCAAUCUUUGAAGUCCUUAUUUCACCAUCCACUGCGAUUACCAGCUGGAUGAAAGAUGGAAGUAACAUCCGAGAGAGCCCAAAACACAAGUUUAUUGCUGAUGGCAAAGAUAGGAAGCUGCAUAUUAUUGAUGUCCAGCUGUCAGAUGCUGGUGAAUAUACUUGUGUAUUACGACUGGGGAACAAAGAGAAGACCUCUACAGCCAAACUCAUUGUUGAAGAACUCCCAGUGCGGUUUGUGAAAACUCUUGAAGAAGAAGUCACUGUGGUUAAAGGCCAGCCACUGUACUUGACGUGUGAGCUUAACAAAGAAAGAAGUGUGGUCUGGAGGAAGGAUGGGAAGAUCAUCAAAGACAAGCCUGGGAAAUUUGCUCUGGGCAUUAUUGGUUUGUCACAUUCCCUCACGAUCAUUGAUUCAGAUGAUGCUGAUGCUGGCACUUACACUGUUACCGUUGAAGACACUGAGCUGUCAUGCUCAUCUUGUGUUAAGGUAGUAGAAGUGAUAAGAGACUGGUUAGUAAAACCCAUAAGAGACCAGCACGUGAAACCAAAAGGAACAGCUAUUUUCACCUGUGAUAUUGUCAAGGAUACACCAAACUUCAAAUGGUUUAAAGGAGAUGAGGAAUCAACUGACAAGACAGAAAUCUUGAAAGAAGGAAAUAAAAUUUUCCUGAAAAUCAAGAAUGCUGGCCCUGCUGAUGUCGGGGAAUAUUCAGUGGAAGUUGAAGGUCGCAGAUACCCAGCUAAACUGACCCUUGGCGAACGUGAAGUUGCACUUCUGAAGCCAUUAGAGGAUGUUACAGUUUACGAGAAAGAAACAGCAAACUUUGAUACAGAAAUAUCUGAGGAUGAUAUUCCUGGUGAAUGGAAGCUGAAAGGAGAAAUCCUGAGACCCUCACCUACAUGUGAAAUCAAAGCUGAAGGAGGAAAACGCUUCCUAACCUUGCACAAAGUCAAGUUAGAGCAAGCCGGUGAAGUUCUUUACCAGGCACUUAAUGCAGUUACUACAGCUAUCCUGACAGUGAAAGAAAUUGAGCUGGACUUUGCUGUGCCCCUAAAAGAUGUUACUGUCCCUGAGAGGCGCCAAGCAAGGUUUGAAUGUGUCCUUACCAGAGAAGCCAAUGUUAUAUGGUCUAAGGGUACUGAUAUACUCAAGAUUGGAGAAAAAUUUGACAUCAUUGCAGAUGGAAAGAAGCAUAUUCUUAUAAUCAAUGAUUCUCAGUUUGAUGAUGAAGGAGAAUACACUGCUGAAGUUGAUGGCAAGAAGAGCACAGCAAGACUGUUUGUGGAAGGUGUGAGACUGAAGUUCAUCUCACCUCUACAAGAUCAAACAGUGAAAGAAGGGGAAACAGCUCACUUUCAGUUUGAGCUUUCUCAUGAAGACAUGCCAGUGAAAUGGUACAAAAAUGACAAGAGACUCCACACAAGCAGAACAGUUUUUAUUACUUCAGAAGGCAAAGUUCAUAAACUAGAAAUAAGAGAAGUAACACUUGAUGACAUCUCUGAAAUAAAGGCCGUAGUCAAGGACUUGAACACACAAGCAAACCUCAAAGUCUUAGAGGCCGAUCCAUAUUUCACUGUGAAAUUACAAGACUACAGUGCUGUGGAGAAAGAUGAUAUUACUCUGGAGUGUGAACUUAGCAAAGAUGUGCCAGUAAAAUGGUACAAAGAUGGUGAAGAACUAGUAGCUUCCAACAGAAUUUCCAUAAAAACAGAUGGCUUGCGCCGUAUCCUGAAGAUCAAGAAGGCUUCAGAGAGUGAUAAGGGUGUUUAUGAGUGUGACUGUGGAACCGACAAGACAAGUGCUAAUGUCAGCGUUGAGCCUCGCUUAAUUAAAGUGGAGCGCCCACUGUAUGGAGUGGAAGUAUUUGUUGGUGAAACAGCACGUUUUGAAAUUGAAAUUUCUGAGCCUGAUGUCCAUCCUAUAUGGAAGCUAAAUGGAGAAACCUUAACACCUUCACCUGACUGUGAAAUCAUUGAAGAUGGGAAGAAGCAUACUCUUGUCCUUCAUAACUGCAAACUUGAUAUGACUGGAGAAGUGUCUUUCCAAGCUGCUAAUGCUAAAAGUGCUGCUAAUCUGAAAGUGAAAGAAUUGCCUCUCAUCUUUAUCACUCCACUAAGCGAUGUGAAGGUCUUUGAGAAGGAUGAAGCCAAGUUUGAAUGUGAAGUGUCCAGAGAACCCAAGACUUUCCGCUGGUUGAAAGGAACACAAGAGAUCGUUCCUGAUGAAAGAUUUGAAAUUAUUUCAGAUGGAACAAAGCAUGCUCUAAUUAUUAAAUCUGUUGCGUUUGAGGAUGAAGCUAAAUACAUGUUUGAAGCUGAGGAUAAGAACACAAGUGCCAAGCUAAUUAUUGAAGGUAUCCGCCUGAAAUUCAUUACUCCUCUCAAGGAUGUCACAAAAAAGGAGCGAGAAACUGCAGUGUUCACUGUGGAACUCUCCCAUGAAAAUAUCCCUGUUGUCUGGUUCAAGAAUGACCAGCGAUUACAUACCAGCAAAGUGGUUUCAAUGACAGAUGAUGGCAAAUACCAUACACUCACAAUCAAAGAUCUUACUAUUGAUGAUACUUCUCAGAUUAGAGUGGAAGCUAUGGACAAAUCCUCAGAAGCUAAACUCACUGUUCUUGAGGGAGACCCUUACUUCACUGGGAAGCUGCAGGAUUACACUGCUGUAGAGAAAGAUGAAGUAAUCUUACAAUGUGAAAUCAGCAAAGCAGAUGCCCCAGUGAAAUGGAUGAAGGAUGGCAAACCAAUAACUCCAUCAAAGAAUGUUGUUAUUAAGGCUGAUGGUAAAAAGAGAAUCCUUAUCCUCAAGAAAGCUUUGAAGAAAGACAUUGGACAGUACACUUGUGACUGUGGUACUGAUCAAACCUCUGCUAAACUCAAUAUUGAAGACCGGGAUAUUGAGAUUAUACGUCCACUAUACAGUGUGGAGGUGAUUGAGACAGAGACUGCCCGUUUUGAUAUUGAAAUUUCUGAGGAAGGUGUCCAUGGCAAUUGGAAGCUAAAAGGAGAACCCCUGACUGAAUCAGCU